UUACAUUUUGAUACUGGCAAAGGAGAUCUAAUGAUGAUGGCGUUUAGACCAGAUCACCCUUUCCUGCUCAGUUAUUUCGGCAAUAGUCGCGUAGGUAGAAAAAUAAAUGUACAACUUCUGAGCAAGGAAUAAUAAAUUAAGUUAAUUAAAAUUACAAUCAGGCACCGGCCGCGGCCACCUCUGUCGAGGUCUUCCCCGGCAUGCGAGGACCCCGCCGGGAAGCCCCGCCCCCUCCUCCCGGUGUCAUGGCGGCGCCCAUGGCAGCCGUGAACUGCGAGGACUUCUCAGAGUUCCAGGAGGCGCUCCGCUCCAUGCGUCAGAUCGACGACCGCAUUGCCCACGAGCUGAACGCUUCCGUGCCCACCGCCUCCAUCGCCCGUGCCGUCAACCUGGCACACACCUGUGGGCAGCUCCACUCGGCCCUGCAGGAGGCCCACGCGGGCCGAGCUGCGGUGAUCUCGCGCUGCGUGGCGCUCACCAGCGCCACGCUGGCACGGCUCAGCGAGCGGCGGGGCGAGGAGGAGGCCGACCGGCCGGCACUCAACAAGGCCCUGCGUAGCCAGCAGACCACGUUGAAGCUGAUGCAGUCGGAGUUGAAUGUCGAGGAGGUGGUGAACGACCAGACGUGGAAGGUGUUUAAUGAACGCUGCAGGCUUCACUUCAAGCCGCCUAAACCGCAGUGAUCACCGCGUGGCAGGAGACCCAAAAAUCCCGAUGAAGAGGAACCCAAGAACAGAAACCCAAGAAUCCCAUAAACACAAUCCUACGAACAGAAACCCAAGAAUCCCAUAAACAUAAUCCCACGAACAGAAACCCAAGAAUCCCAUAAACAUAAUCCCACGAACAGAAACCCAAGAAUCCCAUAAACAUAAUCCCACGAACAGAAACCCAAGAAUCCCAUAAACAUAAUCCCACGAACAGAAACCCAAGAAUCCCAUAAACAUAAUCCUACGAACAGAAACCCAAGAAUCCCAUAAACAUAAUCCUAUGAACAGAAACCCAAGAAUCCCAUAAACAUAAUCCUUUGAACAGAAACCCAAGAAUCCCAUAAACAUAAUCCUACGAACAGAAACCCAAGAAUCCCAUAAACAUAAUCUUAUGAACAGAAACCUAAGAAUCCCAAUGAACAUGAUCCCAAUUAAUCCAAUAAUCCCAAUUAACAGAACCCCAAGAAUCCCGUGACCAGAAUCCCAAUGAGCCCAAUCCCACUAAAUAGAAACCCCAAUGAGCCCAAUAAUCCCACUAACAGAAUCCCAAUAAUCUCACUAACAGAAUCCUAGUAAACCUAAUAAUCCCACUAACAGAAUCCCAAUUAACCCACUAAACAGAAUCCUAGUAAACCUAAUAAUCCCACUAAACAGAAUCCCAAUUAACCCAAUAAUCCCACUAAACAGAAUCCCAAUUAACCCAAUAAUCCCACUAAACAGAAUCCCAAUUAACCCAAUAAUCCCACUAAACAGAAUCCCAAUUAACCCAAUAAUCCCACUAAACAGAAUCCUAGUAAACUCAAUAAUCCCACUAAACAUAAUCCCACUAAACAGAAUCCUAGUAAACCUAAUAACCCCACUAAACAGAAUCCUAAUUAACCCAAUUAUCCCACUAAACAAU